CAGCAUUUCCUUUGGGAUUUCCCGCGGGGAGUGAUGAACUCCAUCGACCCUCAGUCCCAUCACCAGCACCACCAACACACCUCCCCUACCGUCGGCUCUCUCCCACCUAAAGGCGCCCAGGAGGCCCCGGACAUGGCCGCUGUCUACUGCGACAACUUCAGCAGCAUGUACCACCAGCAGAGCCUCCAGGGCGCACAGAGACCCGCCGGCUACGGCCUCGGAGAUUACGCGUCGUCUCCAAACCCGUACCUGUGGCUCAACGGGCCGGGCGUCAAUUCCUCCGCGUCCUACCUGCACGGGAACAACCCGGCGUCGUUCAUCCCGCCCUCCUACGGCUCGCAGCGGCAGUUCAUAACGAACUCACCUGGCUUCGGCGGGCCCGACCUGGGCUGGCUGUCCAUCGCCAGCCAGGAGGAGCUGCUGAAGCUGGUGCGGCCGCCGUACUCCUACUCCGCGCUCAUAGCCAUGGCCAUCCAGAAUGCGCACGAGAAGAAGCUGACCCUGAGCCAGAUCUAUCAGUACGUCGCCGACAAUUUCCCCUUUUAUAAGAAGAGCAAAGCCGGCUGGCAGAACUCGAUCCGGCACAAUCUGUCUCUGAACGACUGCUUCAAGAAGGUGCCGAGGGACGAGGACGAUCCAGGAAAAGGAAACUACUGGACGUUGGACCCGAACUGUGAAAAGAUGUUUGACAACGGAAAUUUCCGCAGGAAAAGGAAAAGACGGUCCGAUCCCAGCAGCGCAGGGGGAGCGGCGGUGGCAGCCGCGGCAGGGGCCACAAAAGUGGAGGAUGGCAGGCAAGCGGUGGCGGCCUCAUUGAAGCCUUCCGACAGCCCUCAGCUCCUGGGGCCGUCCUCUCCGGAGAUGGAGGCGAUGAACGAGAACCACAAGAGCUCGUCGUCGUCCUCGCCGCCCGGACUGGCCUCGGCAGCCCCUUGUUUUAAUAACUUUUACAGCAGCAUGUCCACGCUCGGCUCGGGGGCCCCCAGCCGGCAGGGGUCCCUGGGACUGGUGAACGAGCUGUCGAAUAGGAACAUUACGGCCCUGAGCCCGUACCACCUGAACCACGGCGGGCAGGACACGGGGACGUCAGAGCACGGCGAGGGCUUGCAUUUCAACCGUGGAGUGUACUACAACACGUUUGGCGGCGGGCAGAGCGGACAGUUCAACAGUCACUUCUACAACAGCUUCAGCGUCAACAGCUUGAUUUACCCGCGGGAAGGCACAGAGCUAUAGGAGCUGAUUCAGCACGCCGUCCUCCGGUUCAGGGCCUCGCCGCUCGGCGAAUCCCCCCCGAAACACACAAAAACACACAUGCAUGCGUUUCGGCAGAGAGGUCAGAGUGCAGGCUGGGUAGCAGCUUCUCUGCAUCACGAACACUGUGCAGUUCACUGGAGAGAUUAGACGACGACAGAGCAUUUUAGCUAAACUUGAUUCAACUUGACGAGCACUCAAACGGAGGAAACAGCCGCCGGAAAGUCAAACAACAAGCGAGCACUUAUCUUUUUUCUCCUUUUUACCACUGUAUCAAAGCUCCUACUUUGCUCUUAACGCUAAAUAUACCUGCAAAGUACGACGACCACUGAGCACAUGUGUCUUUUCUCAUAUUCUCAACACCUUUUUCUUUUUUUUUUACCUUUUUUGGCAGUUUCAACAGGAACUCUCCCUGUUCUUGUGGUCGAAACCACUCUGUCAUGUUUAAGAUGUAAAUGUACAUUUGAUAGUUCGCCAGUUUUGCCAAAUCUAGCCCAUAUUUCUUUGGAGUGGCCAAAUUCUUACAGCUGAUCGCAAAUGUUGAAACAACUCGAGCCUGCCAAAGUUGCCUUUGUGAGACCGCCAUUACCUCAAAAUGACAAUCACAUGAGAUGAACGUGCCCUGCCAUGAAGGGUUCACCUGUAUACCCACACAGUUUCCAAAUGCAGUAACAAUUGAUUUAAUACCAAUAUGAUCCCAGACAGGGCUUGCCUUAUUUUUAUAUCCUCCAUGUUGACUAAAACCACAGCACUAUGGCUCAUGUAAAUACAUGUGGACUUGAAAAUGUGUAUUUUUGUAAAUUAUAAAGAUAGUUUGUGACUAUUUAUGCUAUUUAUGCUGAUAGGCAUUGUUUUCUACUGUUGUCUGAACAUAGUUUGAUUCAAGCAGAAGUGAAUGAUAUUAGCUUACAAAAUACGCCGAAAACAGUAUCACUAAAAACCCAGAUGUCAUAAAUAUACUAUAUCUUUAUUAAAAACUAUAUGCUAUAUCAUGGUUUCUCUCAGGAUUCAGUGUGACAAUCAUUGAAUGGCUUUUGUAUCUAUUAUUGUCUUUUUUUUAAUC